AUGUUGUGAAACUAGGAGGGAUCCUGGUGACUUUGUUGGCUGCUUGGUACUUGGGAUACUUACUUGCUGCUCUUUUACCCAAAGACGCAUUAACACCUAUGGUUAAUCUUCAAGACAUUGGAAGGAAACCAGUGUUGAGGGCCCCAGUCCCCAAAAGACAGAAAUGUGAUCACUGGUCUCCCUGCUUACCUGGGAGCUACACCUAUCGGAUUCUUAGUGGUGGUGGCAAAGGAAAGCUGGCCAAAAUUUGUUUUGAGGAUGAGCUGCUUAUAAGUGAAGAGAAGGGUAAUGUUGGAAGAGGUAUAAACAUUGCCAUUGUGAAUUAUAAAACAGGAAAAGUUAUCUCAGCAAAAUUUUUUGACAUGUGGGAAGGAGACCACUCAGGAGAGAUGAUGACUUUCAUUAAAAAUGCACCAGAAGAGUCCCUCCUUUUGAUGGUGACUCAUGAUGAUGGAAGCACCCGGUUGAAAAAUGACACCAAAAAGUCAGUAGAAGAGCUGGGAAGCAAAGAAAUAUGGAAUAUGAAGUUCAGGUCAAGUUGGGCCUUUAUAGCUGCCAAAGGCUUCAAACUCCCCGAUGACAUCCAAAAAGAAAAGAUAAACCACUCUGACAAGAAGAAGAACAGAUACAAUGGCUGGCCAGCUGAAAUCCAAAUAGAAGGCUGUAUCCCAAGAAACCUGAUCUGA